CCAUUUGUUGACUCAACUUUCACUUACACAUCAAGUCCCUGUUUUUGGACCUGGGUCUCUCCAGAUUCUUCAAUUUCUUCCAUUAUUUCUGGUCCUCUUCUCUUCUUUCUGCUGGAUUAACGGGUUAUUUGGCGACCCGGAUGCAGUUCAUUUGGUACCCGUCAACUGUUGACUCAUAUGAAUAAUUGAAGUGAAUUUUCUGCAGAAAUCUACAGGACCUUCCGCUUGAAUUCCAUGGAGAGAGCGACCAAGAACGUGUUGCUUUCUUCCAAUGGGGACGAGAUUUCCAAGAGCCUUGCCAUUAACCUUGCCAAACGGGGUUGCAGACUCGUUUUGAUUGGAAAUGAGAGUCUUCUUCAAAGUACGAGCAAAGUGAUUGUGGAAUCCUUAAAGGGUGUCCUGCCAAUUGACGUGGUUGGGUUGGACAUGGAAGAAGAGAGAGAGGCAGCUUUUGAUGAGGCUGUGAACAGGGCAUGUAGUAUUUUGGGAGCUUUGGAUGCUUUUGUUAAUGCUUAUUCUUAUGAAGGUUCCAUACAAGAUCCUCUACAGCUAUCUGAAGAUGAAUUCAAAAAGAUUGUUAAGAUAAAUUUCAUGGCUUCAUGGUUUCUGAUGAAGGCCGUUUGUCGAAGAAUGCGGGACCAGAAAUCGGGAGGCUCGGUAAUUUUUUUGUCCUCCAUAAAUGGUGCAGAAAGGGGGCUGUAUCCUGGAGCAGCUGCCUUCGCGUCAUGCUCUGCAGGAAUACAGCAGUUAGCUCGGGCUGCAGCUAUGGACGUUGGAAAGUAUAACAUCAGGGUCAACGCGAUUGCCCGUGGAUUGCACCUUGAAGAUGGAUACCCCAUAUCAGUCGGGAAGGAGCGAGCGAAGAGGCUGGUCAAGGAUGCAGCACCACUGGAAAGAUGGCUUGACGCUAAGAACGAUUUAGCUUCAACCGUCAUCUAUCUCAUCAGCGACGGGUCACGCUACAUGACUGGAACAACCAUAUUUGUUGAUGGAGCACAGUCUCUAGUGAGGCCGCGGAUGCGUUCAUAUAUGUAGUUCUUGUUAGACAGCUUCAGGGGAACAGGGGAUUCCUGGUUCAAACCAACCAACUGUAACUGUUUUCGUGUAUAAUGUCGUGGCGGGAGGCUCUUGAUUCCUUCAACCGACCAAUAAAGUCGCGGUAAGUGUGCUGGAGGAUUCUUGAUUCAAUUGAUCAAACAUGACUGUUGUUUUCAGUUAAUACUAUGAAUACAGUAUGUUAUCUAUUCUUGGUUCAUUCAAAACAAUCGUGAUCGUUGUUUAAACUAUUAGUGAUUUCAAGUGUAUAAUAAAUUUAAUCUUUACAAGUCA